AUGUUCCUCAUUCAAUCAUUCGUGACAGUGACACCAGAGUCUGCUGCACUCAUCAGUGAUGCACUUCAAUCAAACACCUCCCUAACCGAGUUAAACCUAAGUGGUCAUAACCUAGGUGUUGAUGGUUGCAAGGCAUUGAGCAAUGCUAUCAAGUCACAUGGAGGAUUGACACGUGUAUCUUUGGGACAUGAGACAUUGGGAUCGGAUCAUGAUCAACUUGAAUUGUUGAUGGAUGGAAUGUUACAAUGCAAGUCAUUGUUGCAUAUUGAUUUGGCAAAGAGAUCAUUCAAUGCAUUGAGUAUGAAGAUUGUGGAGAAGUAUGUAGUGGAACAUGUUAAUAUUACAAUGAUAACCAGUUUGGAUCUAUCCCAGAAUGCAUUGGAUAAUGAAUCAUUGUCAUCACUCGCUCGUGUACUCAAUCAUACCAAGGUCAACAAUCUAAAUCUUUCACUCAACUCAUUUGAUCACAAUGGAUUGGAAUCAUUCGUGGACAUCAUCCUACAACAGUCGUCUACCAAACUAAACUUGAUCAACUUGACAGGCAAUCAACUUGGUAAUGGAGGUGGGCAACAAGUCGCCAGAUUGAUGCAAGCCAACAGAUUGCACGAGGUUGAGAUCAAUGAAUGUCAUAUUGGCGACGAGGGCGCCAACGCACUCGGCCAAGCUUUGGUCCAAUGGCAGGGACUCCACCUUGCCGCGUCAGAGAAUGCUGGAUUCUCCAAUGGACUCGCAUUGGGCAUCAGAGAGGCACUCAAGUCCUCAUCACAGGUCCAACCUGGACAACUAAGUCAUCUAGCAUUGCGCGGAUGCAACAUUGGAGAUGAGGGCGUCAUGGCCAUCGCCGAAGCAAUUCAAGGUGGACGUUUGCCAAAGCUGACUGUAUUGGACAUUGCUGUAAACUCACUGACAUUGCAAGCAUUGCAGGCAAUUGGUACAGUGCUGAUGGCAGACAACCCCAGCACAAUUAUCAGUCUCGACAUUAGUUGCAAUGAUCUUGGUUUGCCUGGUGUGGAACUAAUUGGACAAUGGUUACAAUCAAACAAACUACAAUCCCUUGAAACAUUAUCAUUGAACAAGAUCAACAUUGGAAUUAAUGGACAACUUGCCCUUUGCAAAUCACUCACCAAGUUCCCUGCCUCACUCAAGAUCAUCGAAUCCAUGGGCAACUCUGGCAAUGUAGAAGAGAGUGACGAUGACUUCCUCGACGCACUCGAUGACCUCUACGAAGAGACCAUCAUUGACUUUAAGUGGAAAUAA